AAGUAGGAAAUCCCCGGAAGUCCCGCAAAGUCCCACGAGGAAGCGCAGCAGGACGCGUCUGCAGGUGUGCUUGGCGCGCGUCGGACGCCUCGCGGCCCCGCCGUCGUCACUCGGGUUCCGAGAAGCUAGGGCGCAUCCGCGGAGAUCCCCGGUGGACUCGACGCUCCACUCGCGGGCGGGGAGCGGACCGGAAGUGAGCUGUGGAGUGUGAGUUACCUGGGCCGAGCUCUCCUGCGCGCGGGGCAGUGCUCGGACCUCCUCCCGUGGCUGCGCAUGCGUCCCGACGGCAGCGAGGGCGAAGGCAUUCAAGGGAGAGACUCGCUCGCUGAGUUCCUUUGGUGCCAAGCCUCUUACGUUUGUUUUUGUUUUAGUAAAGGUGUUGUCAUAGAGUGUCUAAGUGAAAGAGAUAAAGAGUGCGAGAGAGAAGCGGCGCUUUGAAAGCAACAGAAGCCGCUGUAAAGUGAACAGUGAACACUCGCUCGCUCAAGAACAAGUUCCUGAUAAUUGGCGAACAAUGUCGUUCCACCCAGCGACCUUCAACCUCACGGUGUACGACCCCGCGCCCUUCUUCCACCAGCAGGCCCCGCCGACGGGCCGCAGCGUGUCCAGCUUCCCCGGCAGCGUCACGAGCCAGCAUCUGGACCGAGGCCACGACGACCCCAAGUUCCCCUUCAUGCCUUCGCUGCCCUCCGAGCUGCAGGGGCCCCUCGCCUUCAGGAACGGCUCGCAGGCGUCGCGCGCCGUCGUGCCGCGCCUCGCGCUGCCGGGCGCCACCAACAGCACCUUCGUCCAGCUACCGGUGUUGUGGACGGCGCUAAGCCUGGCACUCGGGGUGGAGGUCCAGGGAGAGAUCAUCCGGGGUCUGCCAUGCAUCCAGAGACACAAUCAGCUGUUUUGCCGCACAGCUGGUCCCUCUUACCCAACGGAAAAGAUCGAGCGGUUCAUCGACGAAAACAAAGCCCUUAUGCGAAGAAUGUAUGGCGAAUUCCUGGAUAAUUUCGACACUAUACAACAGUCGAUCCAGCAAUCCCAGAGUGGUGGUCGUACCUUCCGCACGGGUCGUUCCGCCGAGUCCUUCGCCGACCAGAUUCCCGAACUUAUGAUGGACUACCACUCGGACGACCAGCGCGGCGAGUCGUUCUUCAGUCACAUCCGCAGCAAGCGCCAGUCUCUCCCGGGCAGCAUCAACACCAAUCCGGAUAGAGCCGAUUCGUGCGAGAGCAAGACCGAGAUCGUGACCCCCUACUGGGCCAACAACUCGGCAGGCAAAGUGCGGGCCAUCGUCAACACCAAUGAGUUCUCACAGGCCAUCCACCAGGAGGUUUGCGUCAAGCAGUCGACGAAGAGGUGCGGGGGCGAGUGCGCGUGCGAGCAGAAGUACAAGUGGCACCGCCUCCUGGCCUACGACCCCGACAACGACUGCCGAGGAAUCUUCAUGGACUGGUUUCUCUUCCCCUCCUGCUGUUCCUGCCGGUGCACGCCUCUCUAAGGAUUCGUUUCUAGGACCGUUCCU